UAGCACACAGAAAAGGUCGCAAACAUAAAACUUGAAGCACAGCCACACAGCAUUAGCAACGCCAUGGGCAACGCAAAGUUGCUCCCGGUGCUCCUCUCCUUCCUUAUCCUGCCCUUCUCCGCCUUGGCCCUAACCCAGGACUUCUGCGUCGCCGACCUGUCCCGCGGCGACACGCCAGCGGGAUACCCGUGCAAGGCCCACGUCGGUGCCGGGGACUUCUACUACCACGGCCUCGCCGCCGCCGGCAACACCACGAACCUCAUUAAGGCCGCCGUCACGCCGGCCUUUGUCGGCCAGUUCCCCGGGGUCAACGGCCUGGGCAUCUCAGCUGCCAGGCUUGACAUCGCCGUGGGUGGCGUCGUGCCGCUCCACACCCACCCGGCCGCCUCCGAGCUCCUCUUCGUCACGCAGGGCACCAUCCUCGCUGGCUUCAUUAGCUCCUCCUCCAACACCGUCUACACCAAGACGCUCUACAAGGGCGACGUCAUGGUCUUCCCCCAGGGCCUGCUCCACUACCAGUACAACGGCGGCACCUCGCCCGCCAUCGCGCUCGUCGCGUUCGGAGGCCCCAACCCUGGCCUGCAGAUCACUGAUUUCGCGCUAUUCGCCAACAACCUGCCCUCUACCGUCGUCGAAAAGGUCACCUUUUUGGAUGACGCGCAGGUCAAGAAGCUCAAGUCUGUGCUCGGCGGCACCGGCUAGCCAUUAACACAUUUUCACAGAGGUUACUAAUUGUCUUCGUGGUGUCAGCUAGCGCGAGUGUCGAAUUACUAAUAAGUUGAUUAUGUGCGUGCGUCUGGCAUGCAUGCGAACUCGGUCAGUAGUUCUUUCAAAGCUGUGCUUCAUUCCUUCUCAUGUCAAUUUUAUUUCAGAUGGUUCAAUAAUUUUCUUAGGUACGGUGCAAUAAUUGUAAUUUGUGUAACGACCAAGAAUUAAUUGUUCGUUCUUUUUAA